ACAAGCUUUAUCUGUGAGUUGUUUGUGUCGCCCUCGAAAUACAAACUGUUUCAACUUAUUUUGUCUGCGCGACUUGCGAACGGAACAAUGUGCGUCGUUAUAACUACUUCAGUGCCCUAGCUUGUCUCCAGUACCUAUCUUUUCGCACAGCCGCAAGAAUGAAGAACCGCUUUCAGUUUGCUUUGAAUCUUUUUGCCAUCAUCACACACGCGUGCCUUGCUGUUGCUGCCCCGUCGAACAACAUACGGAAGCGAAUCGUUUUAGAAGACCGGUACGACUAUGUCGUCCUUGGAAGUGAUCACGUGGCGCGCAGCAUAGGUUCCCAUCUGGCCAAAACCCACCAUCCGAAAACGGUCCUAGUGUUGCAAUCGAAUCAAUGUGAUCAGAUUUUGGAACCGGCCAGCGUGCCAAAUGCGUUGGGAUUGCGCAUUUCCGACACGUUCGCCGAGUGCACUCAUCUGAUGGGAUACGAGUUUACGGAUCCACUGCACCAGGGCCAAAGGGUCGGCAUCGGCUACAAGAACCGGACCCGCGGACUGGACACAGGGCAGCAAACACUUUGGGCAAUUGAUCCCAAUCUGCUGCUGCUGAGUGGAGCUAAUGUCGCACGUCUGUUGUAUAAUCACGCUGCCGCUUCGGUACUCGGAGUCGAGCUAGAUCUUGAUGGCUCGAAGCAAUGCAUUUUUGCAGAAAACGAGGUUCUUAUAGCCGGUAGAUGUUUCAAUGAUUAUCGUCACUUGAGUAGAGGCUCGGUGUUACCUGAAGUGGCCCUGGAGAGUUUGCGAAAUUUACCGUUGGAAAUCAGCAUGGGCAGCCCUGUUAUGACUCCAAUUUUUUACACAAAAACAAACGACAGUUUGAAGGACAGCCCAACAGUGCUGGGAACGGAAUUGUAUUUGAGAACACCGGGACUCGACGACGAAUACCGAGCCAUACCUAACGCCAGACUCAGGCUGGUCAUGGGAAAUGCUAAUCUGGAUGGACACGUGUGGCUCGGAUUUGUCCCGUCGCUGAUCUGGGAGGAUUCUUUCUACAGCCCUGGUCACGAGGAAACGGUUAAGAUCUUGCUGUACGUUUUGAAAACAGCAAAUUCUAUCACGGAGUGUGAUGCGUUCAAGCGGAUGAAUAUGUCGAAGCUGAACCAAAGUGCCCCGGAAUGUGCCAAGUACGUUGGUGCUGGGCAGUACUGGACUUGCUUCUUGGACGUAAAGUUGCGGCGGUUCAACUCGGUUAGUUGUCGUUUUUCAAAGAUAUUAUACAAACUAACCCAUCACUCUUCUUUACAGUCAAGAUCAAUUUUGAGCAACAAAUCACCGCUUUUGGAAAAAGAUUUUCGGUUAAAAGGAGUGAAACAAUUACGUUUGCUUCCAUUUGGAUUGUCUGCACCGUUCCUGGAUCGACUGUGGCGAAAACUAUUUCCUAAACAUGAAAAGACUGUUUGAGCUCUUAUUAUGAUGUAUGACUAAUUUAUCGUAUAUAGUAAUGACGUGACUUCAAGAAAAAACGAGUUUUGAAACUUGAAGUCUUAGGAUAAAAAGGUGAUAGUUAGGAAAUCAAAGGAAAAAAAUUGAUCAUUGGAGGAGAUAAUACCGGGUUAUGAAUUGCAUUUAUAUACCAUUCACUGUAGUAUUAUUAACCUAUUUAUUUAUAUUCCUAUUACAUGAUCUUUAAAACCAAGGAAACUGACAUGUUAACGUCUAAUCAACAAAAUGCCAAUACGUCCGUGAAUUGUUGAAACUGUAG